AUGGACAAUGACACUGAGAAAGCAUAUCCCACAAUUGCAGCUCAUGAGAGAGGGCCUGGACCAGGAAGAUAUGGGUUACCCCCAGCAAUUGGGUUUGUGGGCCAUGAUUACACCAAACACACAAAUCCCGCAUACACGUUUGGGAAAAAACACAGCAGUGCACUGUAUGAAGUCAACUGCAGCCCAGGACCUCGGUAUUAUGUUGAUCCAAAGAUCACACGAUUCGGCAGGAAUGGAACGCCAGCAUACUCCAUAUUGGGCAGAGUGAAAACCUCCCGAACACCUGGACCAGGUGCAUAUAAUCCAGAGAAUGCACCCCACCUCAAUGAACACAGAUCACCAGCGUAUUCCAUGGGAUCCCGAACUAGAUAUCGCAAGUUGGAUGUGGUUCCUGCUCCUAACAGCUAUACUCUUCCAUCCCUAAUAGGAGCAAAGGUUCCCACCAAGCCUUCCAGUGCUAGUUUCUCAGUCACUGGGAGGACGAAAAGAGAAGAUCUGUCCAAAACCCCAGGGCCUGGCCGGUACAAUCGCACCGACCCCAACGUUUACUUGCGAAAACUUCCAGCCUACUCAAUGCUGGGUCGAAAUGAUUUGCCCACCUAUUAUACUCAGAAGCCAGGACCUGGAGCGCAUAGCCCUGAAAAAGUGACCAUCAACAAGCCAAGUGUCCCAGCAUUCUCUAUGGGAAUGAGGCAUUCAGAGUUUGUCACUCCUCUUAUCAUUGAUAUUUCAGAUUGA